AUGAGGGGGCAACAGGGGGAGGAGUGUAUAACCCCUCUUGCUGGUCCUGGGAGAGCAAAGCCCUGCCUUGGACAGCUGUGGGGACGACCCAAUGGCCAAGUGAACUGCCCCUGGGAACGAGAUAUCGCCAGUGUGGCAGAAAGGCGUCUGGAAGGAGGGGGAGUGGAAGGAGGGGGGCAGGCACUGCGCAGUCUGGGGUGCAGGCACACCGAGGGGCGGCUUGGUAUCCAUCCGCUGCUCCCUCCAGCGCGGCUCUUCCCGACCUCCCGAUCGCGCUCCCCGCAGCCCCCAGCCGCCCGCCCGCCCGCCGGUCCCACCGGGGUAGCAGCGCGGGACACGGGCGGUGGUCUGCACGCUGAGGUGCGCGGGGAGCGACUGAGGCAGCUGGUGUUAAGCCACCCCUCAGACCCCGGCUGGCGCUGGCCCCGCCCACCUCUGGGUCGGAACUACGGUGGGCCUGGGAGGGGGCGUCGAGCCCAUUCGCGCCGUAUCCCUCCGCCCCCUUCCCGACACCCUCGCGGCGAGCGGUUCUUGCCGCAUCCUGCGCAGCCCCUGCCCGGUUUGGUGCAGAGGCGUGGGGGCGGGACGCCUCUUUGCAAUUCCGAGCGCACGGAGAGCGGUGGGAGUCUGAGUGAGGAGCUGCCAGAGGAGAGCAGAGGACCGGAUAGGAGGGGUAUCCCGACGUCCUGGGCCCUGAGCCUGUGAAGACGCUGGCAGCCAGGCAAGGAGGCGGCGAGGUGGCGGAGCCCG